UUCCUCUACCUCUGUGACUCUCUUCUUUUUUUUUCGUCAGUCUCUCCUCUAUUCUCUCUCCUGUGUUUCCGGCGGAGGCACGAGCGCACGGACAGCCUCCUCCCCCCGCCUCCACCUCCGCGCGGUCGCCGCCGGCGAGGAGGCGGCGCCGGACGAGCUCCUCUCCUUCCCCGCCACGCCGUAGCAUCCUCCUCCUCCCCCGCGCGCGCGCCGCUGGGCGAGCAAGUCUGGGGGCCAGGAGCGAGCAGCGCGGCGCGGCGCGGCCCGGCCAGGCCUCUCAUUCCACCACCACUGGCGCCCAUCUCGGCGGCUCGGAUCGAAUUCAGAGUUUCGUCGCUUGCUCUCCGACGGCGGCGAUGAUGGAGGCGGAGGAGGCGUUCCCUCCGCAGAGGAAUCCCCGCCGCGCGCGGCGCCGCGACCUCAACGCACUGGAUCCCAGUUUAGAAGAGUCUGAUGGAGAGGAUAUUGGUGUUCCAGAAGUUGGCAUGGUGUUCAAUAACCACACGGAGGUCAACCGAUUCUACCGAAGGUAUGCUCGCCGUGUUGGCUUUGGGGUGUCUGUUAGGAGGUCCUCAUUUUCACAAGAGGGCACCUGCUUAUAUCUGGAGCUCAUGUGCUGCAAAGGAGGGCGGCCACGUUAUGAGCCAAAGUUCAGGAAACGGGCCUCUUCAACCACUAACUGUCCAGCCAAGAUCAGAGUAAAGCUAUGGGGAGAUAAAUUGUUGCAUGUAGAGUUGGCAAUCCUUGAUCAUAAUCAUCCUGUUAGCCCAGCAAUGGCAAGGUUUUUGAACUCCUAUAAGCAGCUAUCUGGCCCUGCAAAGAGGCGAUUACGUAUGGGUGGCCCUGGAGCUAUGCCAGUGGAAGAACCAAGCAAGAUGCCUGUUGAUAAGUUGGGUGCACUUGAGGAGCUUUUGUUUGGAGAGAGCAAGCACCAUAGUUUUGUUGAGAGGGGCCGCUUGAAGUUCCAACCUGGAGAUUCAGAAGCCCUUCGGCUUUUCUUUACUCGUAUGCAAGCCAAAAAUGCAAACUUCUUUAAUGUCAUUGACUUGGAUGAUGAAGGCUGUGUCAGAAAUGUCUUCUGGGUAGAUGCACGGUCAAGAUCCAUGUAUGAGUUCUAUAACGAUGUUGUCACACUUGACACAUCGUAUGUGGUCGGUAAAUAUGAUAUGCCUCUUGCAACUUUUAUUGGGGUGAAUCAUCAUGGCCAAUCUGUUUUAUUGGGUUGUGGCCUGCUUUCAGAUGAAACAGCAGAAACCUAUUCAUGGCUAUUUAAGGCUUGGAUAGCAUGCAUGUAUGGUAAUCUUCCAAAGGCUAUCAUCACUGGCCACUGCAGGGGCAUCCAGAGUGCGGUUGCUGAGGUUAUUCCUGGAGUCCAUCAUAGAAUAUGCCUAUUUCAUAUAAUGAGGAAGGCGACAGAGCGAUUAGGUGGUCUGUCGGAGUACGCAGCUAUCAGCAAGGCUUUCCAAAAAGCUGUAUAUGAUUCUUUAACCAUAGAUGAGUUUGAAGGAAAUUGGAAUGCUCUGAUUACAUACAAUGGGCUUCAGGGUAAUGACUGGCUAAGAUCAAUUUAUGAGUGCCGAUACUCAUGGGUUCCUGUUUUUCUUAAAGAUACAUUUUGGGCAGGAAUGUCUGCUACACAAAGAAAUGAAAAUAUCAUUCCUUUCUUUGAUGGAUAUGUAGAUUUGAAAACCACAUUGAAGCACUUUCUUGGGAAGUAUGAGAUGGCCUUGCAGAGCAAAUAUGAAAAGGAGGCCCAAGCAGAUUUUGAGACAUUCCAUAAGCAGCGCCCACCUGUGUCAAAAUUCUAUAUGGAAGAGCAACUGUCCAAGGUAUACACCCAUAACAUCUUCAAGAAAUUCCAAGAUGAAAUUGAAGCAAUAAUGUACUGCCAUGUAUCUUUCAUUAAUGUUGAUGGCCUCAUAUCCACAUUCGAUGUCAAGGAAUGGAUUUUCCUUGAAGAUGGUAAAAGGACUAUGAGCAAGAUCUUUACAGUGACAAAUAACACAGAUAAAAAUGAUUUAACUUGUAUCUGUGGAGGUUUCCAGUUUAAUGGAAUAUUGUGUAGGCAUAGUCUCUCAGUCCUCAAGUUUCAACAGGUUCGUGAAAUUCCUCCACACUAUGUUCUUGAUAGGUGGAAAAAGGAUUUCAGACAGUUGCAUGUGAUGGGGCGUCCUUCAAGUGAUGUUGUUCCAAACAAUCGUGUGGAUCGAUAUGAUUAUUUGUCAAUGAGAUGUCUGCAGCUAGUUGAUUCAGCAGUCCUAUCAGAUAAAUAUCGUCUUGCUUUGAGAUUGGUGAGGGAGAUGGAGAAGUUUAUGUUAAACAGCAACACGCAUGAUGAUACACAACCAAGGAUCAAGUCUCGCAUUCCUAAAGCAAAUAAACCAAAUACAGUGGUUGGUCAAAAUCUGGUAAACGUUGGCACUUACAAUGGAAAUGAUAGGCCCAAAGCAACAACAGAGAUGCAGGCUUCUUCAUUAACACAGGGAUUGGAUGUCCAGAAGGGAGGAGCAGAAAAGGGCAUAGUUCCUGCUGGUUACAUUGGACUGCCAGCUAAUGUUCAGCAAUUCGUAGGCAGUCAAACAGCGAUUCGCCCAAGCAUUGUGUAUAUGGUUCCGAGUGGUGUUGACCCACAGGCAUUUGGAAAUGGUGUUCUGAUGCCUGUUGUGUACCAGCAGAUGUUCCAGGUACCCCAGCAGCCAAAUGGAACCAUGCCAGAUACUUCAGCAAAUGGAAAAAGGAAGCGGCCUCGUGCCCAGAAGCCAACAGAGGCAUCUGAACAGUCAAAUGGAACCCCGGCAACAGGACCCACAUCUGGGUAGAUUGAACAGUUUCUCAUUUAGUCAGAACUCAGAACAGGUCUUUGUAAAUAUGCAGAGGAAGUGAAGAGUUGCCUAGAGAACUUCAAACGGAUGCUAGCACUAACAAAAGUACAUCAAAUCCAUCUUGGCUGUGAUCUGAAGCCUUUGUGCUGCAGAGAUUGAGCACGGCCAAGCCCAAGCGCCAUUCUUCAUUUGGAUCAUCCUGGAGUGAAGUCCAGGGUUGAAAAAUAGCCUUCACCUCAUUUGACUUUAGUUGAUUCCAGCAACAUUAGCCGAUAAUGUUUUUGUGGCUCUGCCAUGAUAUACAAGUUCUGAAAUCUCGCUGUCGUUUCCAUGGUAAUAUGUAAAUGAUUUUUUGAUGGACUAACCUGGUCAUUUGACUGGAUUUUUUUAGUUCGGAGGCUUAAAGACUCCCUUAGCAUCA